GUCUGAACCACAUGAAUCRGAACUGUUCAAAAGCAUUGCCGAUAAUAACCCCGAAGACUUAUUAAAAUCGUCCGACUCGGAUCUGGACGAGCCGUUGGACUAUAAAGAGAAUUCCUAUUUUCCAGUCCGUGUUGGAUCCGUCAUCAACGACCGUUAUCACAUAAUAAAGAAACUGGGUUGGGGUCAUUUCUCAACCGUUUGGCUCUCUUGGGACGAUGUAAAAUGUGGAAAAAAUAACGCUGAUGAAAGAUUACAGGGUAAUUAUCGAUUAGAAGGAAUUCGAUCGGAACAAUCAUUGGACAUGGAAAGCGAGAGUUAUGCUGAAUCAAAUUGUUAUUUUAGAAAAAUUAGUAAAUUCAAAAAAUUAUACGAAUUAUUGGAUGAUUUGGGAAGUGUAAAUAUCAAAAUAGCUGAUCUCGGUAACGCUUGUUGGGAGGAUAAUCACUACACGGAAAACAUUCAAACUCGUCAAUACCGAAGUCUGGAAGUCCUUUUAGGUGCUGGAUACGGCACACCUGCGGACAUUUGGAGCACAGCUUGUCUGGCAUUCGAGCUGGCUACCGGUGAUUUUUUAUUCGACCCACACUCUGGGGCCACUUACAACAAAGACGAAGACCAUAUAGCACACAUAAUCGAGCUCUUGGGCCAGAUACCGAUGUACGUGAUUCAAAGCGGCAAACACUCCAGCAGCUUUUUCAGGACCAACGGCAAUUUGAAGCACAUCAGUAACUUGAAACCGUGGUAUCUGUACGACGUGUUGACAGAGAAAUACGAAUGGAACACGAAGGAGGCCAAAGCAUUCUCAUCGUUUCUAACACCAAUGUUGGACUUGGAUCAGGAUAAUCGAGCUUCGGCGACCCAAUGUCUCUUAAACCCGUGGAUGUUGGCAUAACGUAUUCGUCAUUCGAUUAAAAAUUAUUAUAUUAUCAUAAAUAGGUAGUUAUAGUGAAAUUUCCAUUAUUAUAUAUUAUACAUUGUGUGCUUACGAGUUUUUCAGUUUUAAACCAAUCCGAAAACAAAUGAUUACAACACAAACACAUAAACACACUACACACAUAUAUAUGUUUAAUAUAAUCAGUCAAAUAGUACAAACUGUAUAAGCUCGUAUGUAUACUGUGUUUAUUUAACACCAAUAUUAUGUUAUGUUUAAAAUGUUGUAAUAUAGGUAGAAUAUACAUGUGUAUCGAAUAUGACUGAGGAUUUUUUUUACGAUCAACAAAGUAAGAUGGACAUUGUUAGAUUUUGUCUUUUGCCCAACUUUCACUUAUAUACGUAUAUAUAUUGAGAAUCGACCAUAGAUACUUAACAUUUAUUAAAUGAUACCUAUACCCAACUACAGUAUUAAAGUUAUUUUACUCACAAUGUAUUAAUCUUGAACAAACCGUUAUUUCGAUGAGCAUAUAAAAUCUUUAUAACAAUAUACAGGAUGAUUGAGUUAACAGCAAGACAGUAAGACAUUCAAUAUUAAUAAGAAUGUGUAUUAUAUUUAUCAAUCAAGCAGUAGUUUUUUAGUAUCAUUUAUAUAGAGUGAUUCAUUUAAGUGGGCACACUAAUCAUCUCAAAAAGUAUUAACUUUUUUUGAAUAUUUUUUUUCAACUUUUAAGUUUAUA